UGUAUUCUUUAGGGUUUUCUAUAUACAAGGUCAUGUCAUCUGCAAAUGGAGAUAGUUUUACUUCUUUCUUUCCAAUGUGGAUGCUCUUAUUCUUUUUCUUGCCUAAUUUUUCUAGCUAGAACUUCUAGAACAAUGUUAAAUAGACGUGGCAGAAGCAAGUGUACUUAUUUUCUUUCUCAUCUAACAGGGAAAGUUUUUAGUCUUUCACUAUUAAGUAUGCUAGCUGUGGGUUUUUCAUUAAUUCCCUUCAUCAAGUUGAGGAAGUUCUCUUCUAUUCCUAGUCUGCUGAGGAAUCAUAAAAGGGUUCUGCCAGAUGUAUUUUCUGCAUUGAGAUGAUUGUGUUGUUGUUUUUUUCCCUUCAUUCUAUUAAUAUGAAGCAGACAUUGAUUUUUGUAUGUUGAGGCAAUCUUGCAUUCUUGGACUAAAUCUCAGUUGGUCAUGGCAUGUAAUUCUUUUAAUGUGAUGCAGGAUUCAGCUUGCUAGUAUUUUGCUGAGGAUUUUUGUAUCUAUAUUCAUGAAGGAUAUUGGUCUGUUUUGUGUGUGUGUUUGUGUGUUUAAUGUCUUCAUCUGGAUUUGAUAUGGUAAUAUUAACUUCAUAUAAUGAGUUAGGAAGUGCUCUUUCUUCUUUUUUGAGAAGGGCUGGCGUUCCCUGGUUAACUUUGAGUAUAAUUUACCAGUGAAGGCAUAGGCCAUUCUUUUUUUUUUUUUUGGUCUGGGCACUUUUCCUUCUAGGAUACUUUUUAUUUUUAAGUAUUAUAAAUCAAACUUUACACACACACACACACACACACACACACUCCUAAUGAACACUAGAUAAUUACCUUCCAAAUUUAUUUUUAUUCUUUGCUAAUGUAUAUAAUACUUUUACAUAGUUGUAAUCAAUGUGCAGAUUUUCUUUUGGGUCCAGCUUUUAAAUUUUUGAUUUAACAUUUUUUUUCCCACACACAAGUUCCAUCGAUAUAGUCCACAUAUGUCUCAAUAGUCCAUCAGACUAAUCUCUAGAAUAUCACAGAAAGAUAAAAUAAUCAGAGUCAAAUAAUAUCUUUGCAUCAUGAAGGAUAUGUUCCAGUCUAAAAGGUAGUUUUUAGCCAUAGGAAGAGCCAACUGUGAUAAAUCAUCAGGGAAAUAGUUGAUGAAGUAUGUGCUAUAAGUCCUUGAAGUAAAAUGAAGUCGUUAAUUUUUUGGCACUAUAUUAUAUUUUAAAAUAUCAUUUGGCUAGGCCAUUCUUUUUUUUUUUUUUCCUUUUUCAGCGACAACCACAGCAUAUGGAAGUUCCCAGGCCAGGGAUCAAAUCCAAGCCAGAGCUGUGACCAAUGCCACAGCUGCAGCAACACUGGAUUCUUCACCCACUGCACCAGGCUGGGCAUCAUACCAGUACCUCCACAGAGUCAAGCCAGGUCAUUAACCCACUGUACCACAGUGGGAACUCUUAGGCCAUUAUUUUUUGAAGAGUCUACCAUUUUGUCAAACUUAUUGAUUUCCCCUUCAGUUUUAAGCUGUUCUAGACUACUGCUUGUUGGUUGAUGAUUUUGGGGCCAUUUAAAUGCUAUUCUAUACAAAACCCUUCAAAACCCCAAAUAAAUAAACAAAACAAAAACAAACAAGGAAUUUCCCUUGUGAUGCAGUGGGUUAAGAAUCCCGUGUCUCCACAGCUGUGGCAUAGGUCACAGCUGCAGCUCAGAUUUGAUCCCUGGCCCGGGAACUUCCAUAUGCCGUGGGUACAGCCAAAACAGACAGACAGACAAACAAAAAGCUUAUAGUGUGGGAAUCCUCCAAAUACAGAGUGGUUCUGACGCUCACUAGCUAAAACAAAUGACAAACAUCAGCUAUAUGUAACAGAAACCCCAGUUAUUUUCUCACAUAAUAAGCAACUCAGAGGGAGAGAGUUCAAGGCUGGGGCAGUGACUCAGUAUCAUCAGUGUCAUUCUGUCUGUGCCCCAUGUCGACUUAUUGCCUAAUGGGUCAAGGUGGACCCCGCCAGCAUGUUUAGGUUCAAAACAGGAAGAAAGGGACAGAGCUGUACCAACUGUGUCCUUUUCCCUUUUAUCAGGAAAGCAAAAGCCUUUCUAGAAACAUCCACUUAUGUCUCAUUGACCAGAAUUGUAUCAUGAAGCCAACCCUGGAAACGAGGGACAAUUUAGCUGCCUCCUCCUGCAAAGUGCGAUUUUGUAAUGACGAAAUGGAAAAAAUGAAGCUAGAAUAACGAACACCGUUUUCUUCAAUUAGCACCAAACCUAAACGGCGAGUAGAAUCAGCUACUCUCUCCCCACCAUGUGUUUCUCUAAUGUCAUGUGUUCUCCAAACUGACCUCCCAGCGACAGGACCUCUCAGGCCCUAGUACCAGUAUGUGUGGGGGUUGCUGUUGGAAGUGACAGUCACAGGCUGCAGACGGUUCUACUGGAGAGCCCCUCGCCCCCAUUCUCCUCGGCCUCUGUGAUGUCACACUGGGGCUUCUUUCUUUCCACCCUGGGCUGUGCUUCCGAGGCUGCUGUGGCAUGGAGCUCCUGGAACCGGCAGAGGGGAAGGAGCCUACUGUCUCUGAUCUCCCCUGGGUGCACGGGAGGUCCAGCCAUGCCGCUCGUGAAGGAUGCCAUGCCCCUUGUGAAGGAGCCCCACUCCCCACCUCAGGCCCCCCUCCCCUGGCUGCUCCCAAGCUUGUUUGCCGCUUUCAACGUGGUGCUGCUGAUCACUUUCAGUGGCCUCUUCUUCGCAUUCCCGUGCAGGUGGCUGGCCCAGAAGGGGGAAUGGGCCUUUCCCAUCGUCACAGGCCUCCUCUUUGUCCUCACCUUCUUCAGUCUCAUUUCACUCAACUUCUCAGACCCUGGCAUCUUGCAUCGAGGCUCCAACGAACAGGGCCCCAUGGUGGUACAUGUGGUAUGGGUGAACCACAGGGCCUUCCGCCUGCAGUGGUGCCAGAAGUGCUGCUUCCACUGCCCACCCCGGACCCACCACUGCCCUUCGUGCAACAUUUGUGUGGAGGACUUUGACCACCACUGCAAGUGGGUCAAUAACUGCAUCGGUCACCGCAACUUCCGCUUCUUCAUGCUGCUCGUCCUGUCCCUGUGCCUCUACUCGGGCGCCAUACUGGUCACCUGCCUGAUCUUCCUGGUGCGCACGACCCAUCUGCCUUUCUCCAUGGACAAGGCUAUCGCCAUUGUGGUGGCUGUACCCGCCGCCGGCUUCAUGGUGCCACUCUUCCUGCUGCUGCUGAUCCAGGCCAUGUCCGUGAGCGCGGCUGAGCGCUCCUACGAGGGCAAGUGCCGAUACCUGCAGGGAUACAACCCCUUCGACUACGGCUGUGCCAGCAACUGGUAUUUAACAAUCUGUGCACCGCUGGGACCCAAGUACAUGGCCGAAGCCGUCUGGCUGCAGAGAGUGGUGGGGCCUGACCAGGUGCCCACCCAGAACCCGCACUUCCCGACGUCCCCCUCGGCGCUCAGUCUCCCAGCCCUCCCUGGGCCUGAGUCUAGCCCCCAGCCCCAAUCUCUGGGUCUCUACAAACCAGGGAAGGGUGCCCCCGGGAGUGGUGAGGCCGCAGCCCUGCAGGAGGUGAGGUGUGUGUGUGUGUGUGCGUGUGCAAGUGUGCUUGUGUGUGUUUGGAGACCGUGCCUUCGGAUUGUACAGGCAUUGGGGGAAGACCUCCAAUGAACACUGGGCUGGCCCUGAAGCUGGAGGACUCCGAGCCAGAGGGAGGGGGAUUGUAGGUGGAAGGAGCGCUGGCAGUAGAGUCCCAGGCCUCCAGAAAAGACCAGGAGUCCCUGGAGACCCAAAGGACAAAGGCCAAACCACUCACUCACUGGGUGGCCUUGGGCCAGUCACUCACCCUUUCUGGGCCUCAGUUUCCUCUGCUGUUUAUGAGGACUGAGUCUAGUCCGGGAUUUAUAAUUGCAGGGGGUGGGGAGGGACGACAGGUUGGAUUCCUUUAUUUUUUUAAUUUUUUUGUCUUUUUGCCAUUUCUUUGGGCCGCUC